AUGAGCCAAAAUUCAAGGAACAUGCGAAAGAAAACUACUACUACUACUGCCAUUACCUCAAAUAAUGAAAUCGAGUUGCUUCGUAGUGAAGUAAAAGAACUUAAAACACAAAUCAAACAAUUAAAAAUCCAAUUGAUAGGAAAAGACCAAGAAAACCAAAAAUUACUUCAAUGUAACGCUGGUUUGUUCAAUGCGGUUAAAAACAUGAGAAUGGAAUUGAAAAAACAGAAAUUACAAAAUAUUCCACAACAUGCUACCCCCAAGUGUACAAAUGUCGAUACGAAAGACUGCGAAGAAAUUUCAUGUGCGAUCGAUUAA